ACUGAAGAGCCGCUGAAACCCGCGGGGCGGCCGAGGCCCGCCGACACUACCCGAGACCAUCCGAGAAGCCGAGGCCCGACGACGCCAGUCCGAGACCCUCCGAAAGGCCGAGGUCUGCCGAUACGGACCCGAGACCCUCCGAGAGGCGGAACGCGGCGGAGCCCGGGCCGCCCGCGUGUCGGGCGGACGCUGCGAAAAGAUGAAUUUGCAACUGGUUUUCUGGAUUGGAUUGAUCAGCUUGAUUUGUUCUGUAUUUGGCCAAACAGAUAAAAAUAGAUGUUUAAAAGCAAAUGCCAAAUCUUGUGGAGAAUGUAUACAAGCAGGGCCAAAUUGUGGGUGGUGUACAAAUACGACAUUUUUACAAGAAGGAAUGCCUACAUCUGCACGAUGUGAUGAUCUAGAAGCUUUGAAAAAGAAGGGUUGCCAGCCAAGUGACAUAGAGAAUCCCAGAGGCUCUCAAACUAUAAAGAAAAAUAAAAAUGUCACCAAUCGCAGCAAAGGGAUGGCAGAGAAGCUCCGGCCAGAAGACAUUACUCAGAUCCAACCACAACAGCUGCUUCUAAAGUUGCGGUCAGGAGAGCCACAGAAGUUUACAUUAAAAUUCAAGAGGGCUGAAGACUACCCUAUUGAUCUCUACUACCUUAUGGAUCUCUCCUACUCCAUGAAAGAUGAUCUGGAGAAUGUGAAGAGUCUUGGGACGGAUUUGAUGAAUGAAAUGCGGAGGAUUACUUCAGACUUCCGCAUUGGCUUUGGCUCAUUUGUGGAGAAAACUGUGAUGCCGUAUAUUAGUACAACUCCAGCAAAGCUAAGAAAUCCUUGUACGAGUGAACAAAACUGCACCAGCCCAUUUAGCUACAAAAAUGUGCUUAGUCUUACUGACAGAGGAGAGUAUUUCAAUGAACUUGUUGGUCAGCAGCGCAUAUCUGGAAACUUGGACUCUCCAGAAGGUGGUUUUGAUGCAAUCAUGCAGGUUGCAGUUUGUGGAUCCCUGAUUGGCUGGAGGAAUGUAACACGACUGCUGGUGUUUUCCACGGAUGCUGGGUUUCACUUUGCUGGAGAUGGGAAACUUGGUGGUAUCGUUUUACCCAAUGAUGGACAAUGUCACCUGGAAAAUAAUGUAUAUACAAUGAGCCAUUACUAUGAUUAUCCUUCAAUUGCUCACCUUGUUCAGAAACUAAGUGAAAAUAAUAUUCAGACGAUUUUUGCAGUUACUGAAGAGUUCCAGCCUGUUUACAAGGAAUUGAAGAAUUUGAUUCCUAAGUCAGCAGUGGGCACCCUGUCUGGAAACUCUAGCAAUGUGAUCCAGCUGAUCAUCGAUGCCUAUAAU